AUGACCGACCGCAAGACGCUAGUGCACUCCCACGUGCACUGGCGGAACGUAAAGAGGCAGGUUUGGCAGCGCGAGCUCGUCGCCCGCGUCCUCGAGCUGCUCCGGCGCAACGACCACGACUCGCUCGCCCUCAUCGCCCGCACCGUCGGCGUCCCGCCCCAGCUGCGCAAGAGCGUGUGGCCCGUGCUGCUCAAGUACCACCCCAUGGUGAUCUCCCCCAACGUCGUCUCCAACACGCUUGUGUGGGGCGGCCAGCCGCGCCGCUGGCACCACCACCCGGAAACGCGCGCGCGCGACGAGAUCGAGGGCCACAUCCUGCACGACCUCGGCAAGUACUUCCACCGCCGCACGCCGGCCGCGCACCCGGCCCCGCAGUCGCGCCCCAGCUCGCGUGCCGGGUCGCACGCCGGGUCGCACGCCGGGUCGCACGCCGGCUCCCACUCCGGCUCCCACUCCGGCUCCCACUCCGGCGCAGACUCCCCGGUCAUGAUGCCCGACGAGCUGCGCGCCAUCGAGCUCCUGAAAAACUGCAUCCUCAACUUCCUCGACAAGUGGGCCAGCCUGCUCAAAUACGAGAGCGGGCUCGCGUGGAUCGCGCUGGCGCUCGCAGAGUGGGUCCCGCUCGAGCCCGGCUCCAACCACGUGCUCCCUGGCAAGCGCCACGGCCCGCUCGUGGACCUCUACCGCGAGUACCCGCUGCCCCGCGACGUGGUGGACGAGUUGGACGCCGCAUCGGCCGCCACCCCGCCGUCCGUUUGCUCCUUCGACGCGCUGUUCGAGCGUUUGGUCCUCGUCAUCUUCCACUCCCCAGAUAUCUCCAUGGCCGAAAACCUCACACAACGCGAGUCCUCCGACCACUCGCUCCACCAGUACUACCCGGUCAUCUCUGGCGGCGACCUCUCGUUCCAGUGCCAGGUUUUCUUCAAAGUCUUUUCGGUCAUUCUGCCCGAACUCUACCAGCCCGUCAGCGACGAAGAAAUCCUGCGUCCUUCCAAAAGCACCAACUGGAUGUACUGGUGGCUCAAAUGCGCGGGCGCCCGCGUCUUCCACAAGCAAGACCGCGCCCGGCUUUGGGACACAUUGCUGGGCUGGCGCCCGCACCCGCAAACCAUUAAUUUUUACCUCAAUUACAACAACAGGCUGUUCGAUCACCUCUACUCCACCCGCACGUCCAGUUGCAUCGACCCUGCAUUUCUGAAAAAAAUCUGUAAAUACGAACACGACGCGUUUUGGUUCCCGGACCUGGAUUCUCUGCAUCUCGGGAGCCCGGGUCUCAAGUGUGACUUCCAAAUAUUCUCUGCACUUUUGGCAAACAACAGGUCCAACACUGCUGAUCUGUUGAAUCUGCCGAAAACGCGCCAAUCCACGUCUGGGAAAGGUGUGGGCAUCCCGUUUUCCUUGAUCGACCCUCAUAUUCAACUCGUAUUCAUCUACAUUGCAAUUUUGCAACAACACGAAUUCAAACUCUUGGAAUUUGAAGAAGCCGAAGUUUCAGAAUUCCUCAACAAUGUCCCCAUACUUUCACGCGCAGACGAUUACAAUUAUAAAAGACUUUAUGAUAUUGAUUCAGAUACGCCCUCCGUAAGUUCCAGCGAAACUGACGUUGACGAAUCUUUGAAAAGACCCUCUUCUCACAUGCGAAUAGAGGUUGGUGAUGACGACAAGACUUCCAAUUCUUUUGACGAUUUAUACAACCUCGCAGGUGAUAUUUGGAGGAAAUGGAUCUGGAGAGAACUUGAAGAUAAUGCCAAUAAUUGA